CGAGCUCGGCAGAGAAGGUUCGUGUGGCGGCGGUGUGCUGAUGGGCCGGAGGAGAGCGCCGGGGGCUGGGUCCCUCGGCCGGGCGCUUAUCCGCCAUCAGACUCAGCGGAGCCGUAACCAGCGUUACGCUGACUCCUGGUUGCAUACAAGUGAACUCAGUGAUGGCUACGAUUGGGGUCGUCUUAAUCUUCAGUCGGUGACUGAGCAGAGCUCCCUUGAUGACUUCCUUGCAACUGCAGAACUCGCAGGAACAGAGUUUGUAGCUGAGAAGCUUAAUAUUAAGUUUGUGCAUCCUGAGGCCAGAACUGGACUGCUGUCUUUUGAGGAGAGCCAGAGAAUUAAGAAACUCCAUGAAAAAAACAAACAGUUCUUGUGUAUACCAAGGAGACCAAAGUGGAACAAAAACACUAGCCCAGAAGAACUCAAACAGGCAGAGAAAGAUAACUUCCUAGAAUGGAGACGUCAGCUUGUCUGGCUAGAAGAGGAACAAAAGCUGAUAUUGACUCCAUUUGAAAGAAAUUUGGAUUUUUGGCGCCAGCUCUGGAGGGUGAUUGAGAGAAGUGACAUUGUGGUCCAGAUAGUAGAUGCUCGAAACCCACUCCUGUUUAGAUGUGAGGAUUUGGAACGUUAUGUGAAAGAAAGAGAUGGCGAGAAGGAGAACGUCAUUCUGGUCAAUAAGGCCGACUUGCUGACCGCUGAGCAGCGGAGCGCCUGGGCCACGCACUUUGAAACACAAGAUGUGAAGGUUAUUUUCUGGUCAGCUUUGGCGGAAGCCGUUCAACUGACUGGGGACUCCAAGGAACAGGUAAAUGGAGAUGCUGAAGAAGCCAACGCAACUGAGUUGGAAAACUCCAGUUGCGAUGAGGCUGAAACUCCACAUGAUGACACUGAACAUCUUCUAGGUGGGGAUUCUCUCUCACUUAGUGAAGUUGCCACUAGUGAUGAAGACGACAGUGAGUAUGAGGACUGUCAGGAGGAGGAGGACGAAGAUUGGCAGACAUGUUCGGAAGAGGACAGCAACCCUGGUGAAGAGGCCGGCGGCCAGGACUGCAGAGAAAGCUGUACUGUGGAUUCUGAGGCUCAGGGCAGGAAAACUCCGGAGAAGAGGCAAAUGCACAAUUUUAGCCACCUGGUAUCAAAGCAGGAAUUAUUGGAGAUCUUUAAGCAGCUACACACUGGGAAGAAGGUGAAAGAUGGGCAACUUACUGUUGGACUGGUGGGCUACCCAAAUGUUGGUAAGAGUUCAACUAUCAACACCAUCAUGGGCAACAAGAAAGUGUCUGUGUCUGCUACUCCUGGGCACACCAAGCAUUUUCAGACUCUCUAUGUGGAACCUGGCCUCUGCUUAUGUGACUGCCCAGGCCUGGUGAUGCCAUCCUUUGUCUCUACCAAGGCAGAGAUGACUUGCAGUGGAAUCCUCCCAAUUGACCAGAUGAGAGAUCACGUCCCACCUGUGUCACUAGUUUGCCAGAAUAUUCCGAGAUACGUUUUAGAAGCUACCUAUGGCAUUAAUAUCAUAAAGCCUAGAGAAGAUGAGGAUCCCUGUCGACCUCCAACAUCAGAAGAACUGUUGACAGCUUAUGGAUAUAUGCGAGGAUUCAUGACGGCCCAUGGGCAGCCAGACCAACCUCGAUCUGCGCGCUACAUCCUGAAGGAUUAUGUCAAUGGUAAACUUCUGUACUGUCAUCCUCCUCCUGGAAGAGAUCCAGUGACCUUUCAGCAUCAACACCAGCGAUUCCUAGAGAACAGAAUGAAUGGUGGUGAAGUCAAAGUGCAGCCAGGUGGAAAUAGAAAAGCAAAACAGAUUGAAAAUGUAGUUGACAAAACUUUUUUCCAUCAGGAAAACGUGAGAGCUUUGACCAAAGGAGUCCAGGCUGUGAUGGGCUACAAGCCUGGCAGUGGCCUGGUCACUGCAACUACCGUGAGCUCUGAGAGCGGGGCUGGGAAGCCCUGGAAAAAACAUGGUAACAGAAAUAAAAAAGAGAAAAGUCGUAGACUCUACAAGCACCUGGAUAUGUGAACUUGGGCUGCAGCAGAAAUGGCAUCUGCGUUGUGCAUCCAGACAAGAACAGAAGCUGCUCGUUGCCUGUGGUGCUGUAGAGUGGACCCUGCCCUUGUGGCACCCAGCCACUCCCAGCAGUCAGUAUCAAAACCGAGGGGCUCCUCGGAGCACCAGCUCUGACUGACAUGGUCACCUUGGAGCCCCAGAAAAAAGGAGGGAAUGAAUGAUAGAUAUUUGUUGGUGUAAACAUAUACACAAAUGUGUACUAAUUUGUAAGUUGGGGAUUUUUUGAAAAGAUAUUAAAAUUAAAUUGCCACUAACA